AUUGUGCUCUCAUUCUUUAAAUUCCAGUUUACAAAACUACCAAUCAUCAAAAUAAUUCAAUUUAAAUAAUAAAAAUAAAAUAAAAAAACUCUUGAUAAAAAAAUGAGAAAAAUUGUUUUAGUUGCUCUCAGCUUAGCUGUUUUAACUUCUCUUGUAUAUUGCUAAAAUGUCUUUUAACAAGCCCUUACUGUUGAAGAAUUGAUUGCAUAUAACCUUUGGAGAUAAAAUAAUGGAAGAGUCUACAAUUCUGAGGAAGAAUAGUUUUUCAGAUAACUUAUCUUUGUUGAAAACAAAAGACAAGUUGACAGUCACAACAGCCAAAAUCCAACUUUUACUUAAUCAUUGAACUAAUUUGCAGAUUUCACUGAUGAAGAAUUCAAAUACAGAGUUCUCAACACUAAGGUUUCCUAAACUCGUCCCAAGAAAGGAAGACGUCUUGAAUCUCGUGUAUUAGAUUAAUAAAUCCCUGAAUCUGUUGAUUGGAGAAACGUAACUAAUGUUGUUGGUCCUAUUAAAAACUAAGGUCACUGUGGUUCUUGCUGGACUUUCUCAAUUGCUGGUAUCGUUGAAUCCCAUUAUGUUCUUAAGCAUGGAUCAUAUGUUAGCUAUGCUGAAUAAGAAAUAUUAGACUGUGUUAGUGUAUCUGCAGGAUAUUAAUCUGAUGGAUGCAAUGGUGGUUGGCCUGAAGAAGCUCUUCAAUAUGUUAUUGAGUAUGGUAUUGUUAAAUCAGAAGUUUAUCCUUAUGUUGCUGUUUAAGGUAAAUGCAGAGAUAUUCCUUAUGAUGUUCCUAAAUACUAUCCUGAAGGCUGGUAUGUCAACCUUGAUUAAACAUCUGAAGCUUUGAAGGCUGCUAUUGCUAAAGCUCCUGUUUCUGUUUGUGUAGAUGCAUCUACUUGGAAAUUCUACAAGUCUGGUAUUUUCAGUGGCUGCGGUCCUACCACUGAAGAUGAUCUUAAUCAUGCCAUUGUUGCUGUAGGUUAUGAUGCUGAUGGAAAUUGGAUCAUUAGAAACUCUUGGGCAACAAAAUGGGGUGAAAACGGAUACAUCAGACUUGCUGCAGGUAACACUUGUGGUGUUCUCCUUUCUAACUUGGCUUUUGACAACUGA